AUGGGCCCCGCGGCGGCGGCGGCGAGGAGAAGUGGGCGGCUGUGGCCGUGGGUGUGGCUGCUGUCCGGGGCGGCCUUGGGGGUCCGGGCCCCGGCGGGCGGGUAUCUUUUGUAUGACGUAAAUCCCCCCGAGGGUUUCAAUCUCCGCAGAGACGUGUAUAUUCGCGUUGCCUCACUUCUAAAGACCUUGUUGAAAACUGAAGAUUGGGUGCUGGUUCUGCCUCCGUGGGGCCGCCUUUAUCAUUGGCAGAGUCCUGAUAUUCAUCAGGUCCGAAUCCCGUGGUCGGAAUUUUUUGAUCUACCGAGCCUCAACAGAAACAUUCCGGCCAUCGAGUAUGAGCAGUUUAUCGCAGAGUCAGGUGGACCCUUUAUUGAACAAGUUUAUGUCCUACAAAGUUAUGCGGAAGGAUGGAAAGAAGGAACUUGGGAGGAGAAAAUAGAUGAGAGACCAUGCACUGAUCAGUUGUUAUACUCAAAAGAUAAACAUGAGUAUUAUAGAGGAUGGUUCUGGGGUUAUGAGGAAACGCGGGGCUUAAAGGUCUCUUGUCUCUCAGUCCAAGGAUCAGCUUCCGUCAUGGCUCCAGUCCUUUUGAAAAAUACUUCAGCACGGUCAGUGAUGUUAGACAGAGCUGAAAACCUACUUCAUGACCACUAUGGAGGGAAAGAUUACUGGGAUACCCGUCGGAGUAUGGUGUUUGCUAAGCAUCUGCGUGUGGUGGGGGAUGAGUUUAGGAUCAAAUACCUUAACUCCACAGAUGGAAGUGACAAGACCAGCUACCAUGAAGACUGGACAAAGAUGAAGGUAAAGCUGGGCACUGCCCUAGGUGGGCCUUACCUCGGAGUGCACCUCCGGAGAAAAGACUUUGUCUGGGGGCAUAGGGAGGAUGUACCCAGCCUGAAAGGAGCAGUGAAGAAAAUCCGGAGUCUCAUGAAAAUUCACAAACUGGAGAGAGUUUUUCUAGCAACAGAUGCCGUCGUAGAGGAAUUUGAAGAAUUAAAAAAAUUGCUGCCUGAAAUGGUGAGGUUUGAACCUACUUGGGAGGACCUUGAACUCUACAAAGACGGAGGAAUAGCAAUCAUCGAUCAGUGGAUCUGUGCACAUGCCAGAUACUUUAUAGGCACCUCAGUUUCAACAUUUUCCUUUCGGAUUCAUGAGGAAAGGGAAAUACUAGGAUUGGAUCCUAAAACUACAUACAACAGGUUUUGUGGAGACAAAGAGAAAAACUGCGAGCAGCCCACGCACUGGAAAAUAGCAUAUUGAUGAUCCAGCCCGCCUUCCCGUAGCUCAUGGACUCCCGGCAGAGCAGGCAAUUUCUCAAGACCCAGUUUUUGCCCUUUCCGUGGCUUUACCCUUUUUAUACAUACUAAUAGAACUAUAAUGCACUUUUUUCAAGACAGAAAUGCAAGUGGUCAUAAUGACGGAUGACAUUUUCCUCUUGAUUCAGUUUUGGUGCGACUGGUGGGAUACGGUCCCUAACAGGUUUUUAAGGCUGAAUUGUAGAAGUAAAGCAUCAUUUUGAGGUGCAACAAAAUUGAGUGGUUUUUAAUUGAAUUGUACGUACUAAACAUGUCAAUUUAAUCCUGUUCUCAGGAUAUUUUGUAUCUAGCUGGUUGUCAGCUUUGUAUUUCGUUCAUUGCAUUUCUGUACUACGUGGCAGAGGGAGAAAUUUGUUUCUGGCUUUUCAGUAACUGCAUUGAAAUUAUGGACAAGCCCUACAGUGAUGUGAAAGAUGUACCUCUGUCUUCUAAAACAAGUUCAAAUUAAAUCCCUCCAGAUCACCUGCUUUGAGGUCACAAAAGCAUAUUUUGUGGUACUGUGUCAGCCAAAAUCUUUAUCUUUCAAAUGCUUAGUUUAGUACUGGAUCGUUCUGCCCUCUCCAGUUCACUUUUAAAUUGAAUUAUUCAUGACAAUACAUCUGACAGCCUCAGUUUUAGAUUCUCUUUGUCCAUCUCGAGUAAUUGUACCUUAAAAUGCAAGUUAACUCCUAGAUAUUCAUGUGCUCAGGGUAAGUUACUUGCUUGUACAUUUUUAACUUCUGUUUUGCCAAUCUAUAAACUCGAUCAUCCUAAAUUGGGUUUUGCAUACAAAAUGCUAUGUAGGGCAGAUAAUUUGGCUUGAAGAGAUUAAGGGAGAAAGAAGACAAUCCACCGUGUGUUCUUAUAGUUUUGAACAGUACCUGAGUUCUUUUAAAUAAAUCAGUACACAGUGUGUUUGGAAGGAUCAAUGUCCAUUUUUUUCCCCCCGUUUACUGCCACGUUGAUUUCAAUGUAGAUGGUUAGCAGUCAGCUAGAGUUCAGUCAAAUGGUGUAUUGGCUUCAGCUUGGCUAUAAUAACAUUGGGAAAGUGAUCAGCAUUUUUUAAAUGAUUAAAAUGAAAAAUGUCCCUAUUUUUAUUCACAUGCUGCCAGUUGGAAGGAGGAGCAGGAACCCUAGUCUGUGCUUUGACUUGAUUUUACCUUUCAGCAUCUCUUUUAAGAAAAUCCUUGCCCUGGAUGUGUUAAACAUUGCCUCCACUGAAUACGUCUACCAAAGAGAGACUCUAACCAGCUGAAGAAACGAGGGUUAAAAUGGACAGAUUCCCGGAAUAGAUUAAAAUUUGAUGGAGAAAAAAAGCAGAUGAAGCAGCCCACCUGCCUGAAAGAUGGAUUCUGUGCCCCCUUGUCAUUUUUGAGGUUGGAGAGUUUUACAUCAGGAAGGCCCUGUCUGUCGCUGGCACUGAAAUGCCAUUCUCCACCUGCAGUGAGCCGGGCAGGGAAAAGGAUGGAAAAAGGUCAGAGUCCCUGGCAGCUGGUAGGAGAAGAGAACAUAUUGACCUUUUCGGAUAAGUGGCUGGAAUCUAGCUAUUAACGCUAAGUCUCAUUGUUGAGUACUUUCCAUAAUGUCCUAGUGCAAUACUUUAGACUGUUGCUUUGUCCUUUCCUUCCAAAAUGUUUUACAAGGAUUAUCUUCUUCUGCCUCCUAUUUUAUGUGCAAGAUGGGCCUCAGGGAUGCCCUAGGCCUAGCCAACAAGACAAUAAAAAUAUUUAUUCCUUCCCAUUUGUACAGUGAACUUUUCUUAUGAAUAAAAUGAAGAUUUUAGGAAGUCUGAUCUUACAAGUGGUGCCUUUUCAAAACCGAAUUGUAUUUAGCCUGAGCUAUGCAAAAAAAAAAUGUACCUGGUAACUGUAUACCUCCAUUUUUAAGGCAAAUAAAGUGCUUUUUUGAUAUUAA